AUGGUUGAUCAGCAGUUUGAAGAAAAUUCAAAUGAUACGGAUUUAGAAAAGACUUUGCACCAUUUGCUGACAGCAGAGAACCCAAGCCUCGAUGAAUCUCAGUUGGAGAAUGAGACUACUGGGCAAAAACAUUUCACUUUGGAGAGUAUACUAGAAGAUGCAAAUGAGGAUAUCUUUUUUGAUUUGGAUGAAGGUAAGAGGUCGCCGUCGGAAGAUUUGCCAGAAAGCAAUGUUAAGAGGGCUAAAAUAGACGGGAAAGUCAUAUAUGAACAACUGCUUACACCUGCAUCGUUAUCACCACAAUCUAUAGACGGGAAUCAAUCAGGUGGCAAAUGUAGUAACGAAUUCACAAUGAAUCAAGUAGCAGAGAUGAAACGGAGGAUCAUCAAUACGCACAAAUUGUUACUAAAUUUCAAUUUCUUGAAAGAAGGAUACGCUAGGACAUGUGUCGAAUUCAAGAAAGUUAUGCAUCAUCUAAAGGACAGUGAGAUUCAUAGGGCUCAUCUAUUACAAGAAAACGAACAGUUAAGGGAACAAGUUGCAGCUUUAACAGCGCAAUUAGAGCUUUCAUAG